AUGUCUUCCCCGUCGGCAUCCCUCCGCAAGAGGGCCGUUGGGAAGAAAGACGCCUCCCCAGCGCCCUCUGAUGCGGUUUACGCGCCUUCUGGAAAAGCGGCUGCCAAGCCGCCGUCGGAAUGGGACUACCAGCUCGCGUUCGUGAUCGUGACGCUGCUGGCUUUCGCGACUCGCUUCUACAAGAUCAGCUAUCCGAACGAGGUGGUGUUUGACGAAGUGCAUUUUGGCAAGUUUGCGUCGUAUUACCUGACACGCACGUAUUUCUUCGAUGUCCAUCCUCCCUUUGGCAAGCUCCUCUACGCCCUCGUGGGCUGGCUGGUCGGCUACGAUGGCCACUUCCUGUUCGACAACAUCGGCGAAUCCUACAUUGAGCACAAGGUGCCGUAUAUCGCCCUGCGGGCCCUGCCAGCGACGCUGGGAUCGCUGACCGUGAGUGUCGUCUUUUUGAUUAUGUGGGAGUCGGGAUACUCGCUCCCGGCGUGCGUCCUGGCGUCGGGCCUGAUGGUCUUUGACAACGCCCACGUUGGCGAGACGCGGUUGAUUCUGCUGGACGCGUGCCUGGUGUUGAGCAUGGCCCUGAGCAUCCUCUUCUACAUCAAGUUCUACAAGGAACGGCACCAGCCCUUUGGACGCAAGUGGUGGAAAUGGCUCCUCCUGACGGGCAUCAGCCUGAGCUGCGUCAUCUCGACCAAGUACGUCGGCCUGUUCAGCUUCAUCACCAUUGGCUCCGCCGUCGUGAUCGACCUGUGGAAUCUGCUGGAUAUCAACCGUCGCGGCGGCCCGCUGUCGCUGGUGCAGUUCGGCCGCCACUUCGCCGCGCGCGCGUUUGCCUUGAUCAUCGUUCCCUUCUUCUUCUACCUGUUCUGGUUCCAGGUCCAUUUCAGCAUCCUCACGCGGUCCGGUCCCGGAGAUGAAUUCAUGACGCCCGAGUUCCAGGAGACGCUGGCGGACAACCAGCUGGCGGCGUUGUCGCGCGACAUCCACUACUACGACGUCAUCACGAUCCGGCACAAGGACACCAAGAGCUACCUGCACAGCCACUGGGAGCGCUACCCUCUGCGGUAUGACGACGGGCGGAUUUCGAGCCAGGGACAGCAGGUGACCGGGUACCCGUACAACGACACCAACAACCAGUGGCAGAUCCUGCCGCGCGUUCCUCUCCCCGAGAACGACCGGGUCGGCCAUCCGGUGCGGAACGGCGAUAUCGUCCAGCUCCGGCACCUGGGCACCGACAGCAUCCUUCUGACGCACGACGUGGCCUCUCCGUACUACCCGACGAACCAGGAGUUCACGACGGUGCCGCAGGAGCUGGCCGACGGGGAGCGGCACAACGACACGCUGUUCGAGAUCCGGAUCGACGGCGGCAAGCCCGGCCAGCAAUUCAGCACGUUGAUGAGUCUCUUCCGGCUGAUCCACGUGCCGACGCGCGUGGCCAUGUGGACGCACACGACGCCGCUGCCCGACUGGGCGUUCAAGCAGUUCGAGAUCAACGGCAACAAGAACGCGCAGCAGGUCAGCAACCUCUGGUUCGUCGAGGAGAUCACGUCGCUGGAGCCGGGCAACCCGCGUCUGCACAAGCCGCCGCGCCAGGUCAAGCAGCUGCCCUUCAUCCGCAAGUGGGCGGAGCUGCAGCGGGCCAUGUUCUUCCACAACGCCGCGCUGACGGGCGAGCAUCCGUACGCGAGCGAGCCUUUCCAGUGGCCGUUCUUGCUGCGGGGGGUCAGCUUCUGGACGAAGAACGACACACGCGAGCAGAUCUACUUCCUGGGCAACCCGAUCGGCUGGUGGAUUGCGAGCAGUCUGCUGGCGGUGUAUGCGGGCAUUGUGGCGGCGGAUCAGCUGUCGUUGAGGCGGGGGAUUGACGCGAUUGAGGAGAUCUGGGGUCCUGGAGCUCGAUCGCGACUGUACAACAGCACGGGCUUCCUGUUCCUCUGCUGGGCAGCGCACUACUUCCCAUUCUGGCUGAUGGGCCGCCAGCGGUUUUUGCACCACUACCUGCCGGCGCAUCUGGCGUCGACGCUGGUAGCGGGGGCACUGAUCGAAUUCAUCUUCAACUUCCAGCCCAUCGCACCGCCUCGCGCAGCGGAGGACGAUCCGUCGGGCAAGAACAAGAACGCGGCUCCGGGACGGUUCAUCACGGCCAAGGAGCGGAUGGGCCGGCAGUCGUUCAUAGCGGGAUGGAGUGCGACGGCGGUGAUUCUGGCGGCGACCAUCUACGGGUUCGUGUUCUUUGCGCCGUUGACGUACGGCACGCCAGGGCUGGAUGUGCAGGGAGUGAACGCUAGGAAGUGGCUGUCUCACAGUCAUCUAUCAGCUAGUUACAAUUCCCGUCUGGCAUUGCCGAGGCGAUCAACCGCCCGAGUGUGGAAAACAACAGCUAAACAUGGGAUUUUAAUAGAAGAUAUAUUUACUUACACUGCAGAGUUGGUUCACCCAGUGUCCUAUCCUAUCUUAUCGUGCAGACUGUCUAUCUUCUCUAUUAUCCCCACUUUUCGAAAACACCCGACUGCGGCCUGCCUGCCUGCCUGA